GCCAGUGAGUCAGAGCGAGCGGAGGACGGGACACAGGACGGCCCGACUUUAGCCCCACAAAACAACUCCUUAACGUAGCCUUCUUCCUAAACCACACUCGGAGUUGAUUGCCCUUGUUUGUUACUUGGAAUGAAAUGCUUUUACGUGGAUGAUUUGAAAGAUCAGGUCGAGAUCCAGCCUGGUGACUCCAAACUGACACGUGUGUCUCAACUUCAGCUGCCUGGAUCAAGGGAGCAACUUGCAGAGAGUUCACCACCAUGUCUUAACACUUCGCACUCCCCUCUGAAAACCCUGUCCCCCUUUCCCUCUCUCUCCCCUCCCUCCCCCUCCCCCUCCUCCUCCUCUUUCCCUGCCCUCCCUGUAGAAGCUUCCCAGUCCUUUGGAAACCACAGUGCCUCCUCUGGAGAAAUGAGCCUGCAUCAGCAGCAACAAGGGUCCGAGAGGGACCUCCCCUCUGCCACCUCCUCUGUCAGUUUGCCCUCUGUACGGAAGACGCCUAAGAAACGCCGCAUCUCGCUGCGCUCACUGUUCCGUCGUCGCUGCGGGGAGCCCAAAUCUCGUAAAUCACGGGCUCUAGCCGCUGGAGUGGAUGGCAUCGCUAGUGUGGAGAGCGUGCACUCAGAAAUGUGCCAGCAGCCGGACCACGUCUCGGCACUUUCCGUACCCGGUGUGGCCUCCACCUCAUCUUCAUCUUCCUCAUCCUCGGCCUCCACCUCUGAGCUGCUGGAGUGCCCGUUGUGCCUGCUCCGUCACACCAGAGACCGUUUCCCUGACAUCAUGACAUGUCACCACCGCUCAUGUGCCGACUGCCUUCGACAGUAUCUUCGCAUAGAGAUAUCUGAGAGCAGGGUCAACAUUAGCUGCCCAGAGUGCUCCGAGCGCUUCAACCCCCAUGACAUCCGCAUGAUACUCAAUGACCGUGUGCUCAUGGAGAAGUACGAGGAGUUCAUGCUGCGCCGCUGGCUGGUGGCAGACCCUGACUGCCGCUGGUGCCCUGCUCCGGACUGCGGGUAUGCAGUCAUCGCCUUCGGUUGUGCCAGCUGUCCAAAGAUCACGUGUGGUCGUGAGGGCUGCGGAACGGAGUUCUGUUACCACUGUAAACAGCUGUGGCACCCAAAUCAGACCUGUGACGCCGCCCGACAGCAGAGAGCUCAGAGUCUCCGUCUGAGACCCUUCAGAUCAUCGUCACUCAGCUACAGCCAGGAGAGCGGCGCUGCUGCCGAUGACAUAAAGCCAUGUCCCCGCUGUGCGGCCUACAUCAUUAAGAUGAACGAUGGGAGCUGUAAUCACAUGACCUGUGCUGUGUGUGGCUGUGAGUUCUGCUGGCUGUGUAUGAAGGAGAUCUCUGACCUGCACUACUUAAGUCCUUCAGGAUGCACGUUUUGGGGUAAGAAGCCCUGGAGCAGGAAGAAGAAAAUCCUGUGGCAGUUGGGGACACUUGUGGGUGCUCCGGUUGGCAUUGCACUUAUUGCUGGCAUUGCUAUACCUGCAAUGAUCAUUGGGAUUCCUGUGUAUGUGGGUAGAAAGAUUCAUAAUCGUUAUGAGGGAAAGGACAUCUCUAAGCACAAGAGGAACCUCGUCAUAGCCGGCGGGGUGACAUUGUCAGUGAUCGUGUCUCCAGUGGUUGCCGCUGUCACUGUUGGGAUCGGAGUGCCCAUCAUGUUGGCAUACGUCUACGGUGUGGUGCCCAUCUCUCUGUGCCGCAGCGGUGGUUGCGGCGUGUCUGCGGGGAAUGGAAAAGGUGUGCGCAUCGAGUUUGAUGAUGAGAACGAUAUGAACGUGGGCACCGGAGCUGCUGUGACUGACACCACUUCAGUAGCAGAGACCAGGCAUAACCCCAGCAUCGGCGAGGGCAGUGUAGGGGGUCUGACGGGCAGCCUGAGUGCCAGCGGGAGCCAUAUGGAGCGCAUUGGAGCAAUGAGAGACAACCUGAGUGAGAACGCCAGCACUAUGGCACUUGCUGGGGCCAGCAUCACUGGCAGCUUGUCAGGAAGUGCCAUGGUCAACUGCUUUAACAGGUUGGAGGUUCAAGCUGAUGUUCAAAAGGAGCGUUGCAGUUUGAGUGGGGAGUCUGGUACCGUCAGUCUGGGGACAAUCAGUGACAACGCUAGUACCAAAGCAAUGGCUGGAUCCAUUCUCAAUGCCUACUUGCCUCUGGACAGAGACGGGAACAGUAUGGAGGUGCAGGUGGACGUGGAAUCCAAACGAGGGAAGCUCAGGCACCACAGCGGCAGCAGCAGUAUGGACGACGGCAGCAGUGGAGGCCACGGGGCCAGCGUUUGCCCUUCUGGCUGUCCCCACGAGGGCAAGUGCGUGUCGUCUCGGUGGGCCAAGGAGCCAUCCUCCACCUCGUCCUCUUCCUCCGGGAAGAAGAGUAAAGGAAAGCUGCGCAAAAAGAGCGGUGGCACCAAGAUCAACGAGACGCGCGAAGACAUGGAUGCCCAGCUGCUGGAGCGCCGCAGCACCAAUUCCAGCGAGUUGGACUCGCCCUCCCUGAGCGGCAGCCUGCCGUCCGUGGCCGACUCGCACUCCAGCCACUUCUCCGAGUUCAGCUGCUCCGACCUGGAUGCCUGCAGACCCUCUUGCUACGAGUCUCACACCCGGCAUCCCAACGCAGGCGGAACGGUCAGCCCUCUUCCUGAGGUCGAGAACGACCGGCUGGAAAACUUCCCCGCCUCUGGGACCCUCCCACAAGCUGCGGUCGCCCCUCUGACCCCAGACGGGGCAGCAGAGCGUCCACUGUGCUAUAUUGCGGAGGAGAACUGUCACUGCUCAUUUUCCAUUUUUGGGAAAAGAUGUUCAAGCCCUGUGCAGGGUGCUGCUUCUGAGUUGAAAAGCCAGUGAGAAGCUGAAUGAAGCUGUGUCGCGCCCCCUGCUGGUAAGGAUGGGGAACUUUGACCAAACCCAUUUAUGACGAGAAGCAAGUCUGGUGUGUUUAAAAAAAAAAAAUGUCCUUACAAAGCCAAGUCCACUAAUAAUUCUCAAUAAAACAACUGUUAUGGGUGCAAAUGGUUUGUAAUUAUGAUUCAGACGAAUUUGCAUCCUGUUUAAAAAAAUAAUUGCAUUGUAAAGGCUAUGAUUUAGGUCUUCAACCAGUUUUUUUUUCUUAUCUUUUUUUGUAUCUGUAUUGACUCAUGGUGCCUUUUGGAUCAUCGAAAAACUAUGUUUGUUCCUCCGGUUUGUGUCUUAUGAAAUCAGAUGUAUUGGAUGAGGCUGAAUUGAAUGUUAGCGAGGCGGCGUGGCAUGGUUUCCUAUCGUCCCUGUUAAACGGUCAGGGACUACACAACCGACCGCCUACCAAAGACAGCACUCAGGCUCACCGACGACGACUCGUCACCCCUGUGACCCCUGCACACUUCGACGCACUCACAGUUUACAGACGCCUCCUCGGACUCGAGGCUCUGACCCUUGUGUUUGCACUGUUCAUCCUAGUACGGUCCGCGUGUACGGUCGUGCCGUGAGCGCACGGGUCUAGUUCAAGAGUUGAUUUCUAUUCGUCUAUCACGCUGCCGUUCUGGUGCUGCUCCGUUAAUCUUUCGGGACUGAUCCAAUGCCACAAGCUGCUUGUUUUUUUGUUCCUUCUAUUUCUUUAGUGUUUUUUCUUCUUAUGUUUUGAGCCUUCCUGCCCAUAUCUGUAAUAUUACUUCAGAGGCUAGGGCCGAUUGAUUUCUAACUUGUUCAGAACAGCUUGGUAUUUGUAUAUUUGCUUUUUAAUAUGCGUGUAAAUGCAUAUAUAAAUGAAAAUAAAAACAUGAAUCCAGA